AUGACGACUCCCGAGGACGCAUACCACCUACUUGUCGACCUCUUCACUUCCAGAGGUAACGACCUUCUAGAAAUUGAGAUCAUCCCCUCAGGCCUAGGAGACCCAUUUCUGAAACAUGGCACCUCGGUCGGAAUCACCAAGAAACUCCUGGUGCAGGCCUUCACCGUCGCCCGACAGCUCUUCACCAAGCGGCUGAUGCCCAUGACCUCGAAGGACUUUGACGCAGAGGUCUCGAAUUUGAACCAGAGUACCGAACCAGAGGUUCCAAACCAUAUAAUCACAGCAAUCAUGUUACUAUUCGAUUGCGAACAUCUCACCGCGUGCAACUGGCGCAAGAAAUGGCUGCUGGCGGCUAUCUCGCACCACAAUAAGACCAACCAGCCCGCCUCUUCAUCCUCCUCACCUGAAGCUAUGCUGGAGACGGAGCUCACGCUCAUGCAAACAUAUCAAUGCUCGCCAUUAAAUCGACAUACCAAGUCUCCCACCCUUUGGUCCCACCGAUCAUGGGUGCUGGAUCUCUUGACUAGGAUGCGCAGGCCUACGGCGUCGACCCUGUUAAAGCUCGAACGGGCAGAGCUCGAUAUCGUGCUUCGUGCAGGAGUGCUACAUCCGAAGAAUUACUAUGCCUUUACCUAUAUGCGUAACCUGCAUUCGUACAUUGCAGAAGCCAGCAAAGAACAGGGCGCUGCAGAUGCGGGCCAGACGGAUUAUGCCGCGGCAAGCUUGGUGGACCCGACGCUGACAUGGUGCCUGUCCAACCCGCGGGAUAUAUCCGGCUGGAUGUUCUUAAUAUACUUGCUAGUCCAGAGUGCAGAUACAGAUCUUCGUUCCGGCGCAGUGAGGCGUGUUCUUCGCUACGCGCUGAGGAUCGGGUGGGAAGGGGAGAGUUUGUGGACGUUUGUUGAUCAGGCGAGUCGACAAUUCGGUCUGGAAUCUGUGGUCAGUGAGGCUUUCUGCGAUGAAUCGGACAAGAUAAUUCCCAAUGACACCGGGCUGCCUUUGCCAAAAUGGCCCUGGCGCAACCGGCUCUCUCGAGCGCAGGCAUACUGGGCAGCAGGAACAGCAGCAUCUGGCGCAAGAUACGAUCAAUCCUGA